ACCCUAUACGCCCUCUUCCCUCUUAUCUGAUCUCCCUCCACCGCCAUGGCGCUCUCCAAGCUCGUGAUGGCUUCCCUUCUCCUCUCCCUCCUCCUCGUCCUUCAGCUCGCCCAUGCCGAUUACUCCCCGAAAUCAAUCGAUUGUGGGAAUGCUUGCAAAGCUAGGUGCCAGCUAUCCAGUAGGCCAAACUUAUGCCACAGGGCUUGUGGGACAUGUUGCCGGCGAUGCAGCUGCGUUCCGCCGGGAACCGCCGGCAACUACGACAAGUGCCAGUGCUAUGCCACCUUGACCACCCACGGCGGCCGCCGCAAGUGCCCAUAAGUCGAAAACGGAACUAGUUUGAACGUACGAUGAUGAUGAUGAAUGUUUGUUCUCCAUUUGGUAAAUAAUAAAACGGGUGUGGUCAAAGCAUUAAAGAAAAUGUUUGUAGUAGUUGCUGAUAUAUAUCUACGUCAGCAGGGGCUUUAUUUUUUUUUUGUUUUUUUUGUUGUGAAAUUAUAUGUGUAACUGUGUCUUGUUGCAAUGGAUGUUGGAGGUGUCAAUCGAUACGAGAAAAGAGAGAACACGAGACGCGAGUUUACGUGGUUUCCCCAACGUGAUCGUUGGGACUAGUCCACGGCACAACGGCAGAGUACGUUCUUAUUUUCUGUAGUUCUUAACUGUACAUCAUGACCUCUCAACACUUAUAUACGGCCAUAGCUACUAACCCUAAACCCGGACAAUUACAAUAUGGUACCCAUACUUCUAACACCCUCCCUCAAAUUAAUGGAGCUGACGCAACAUUAAUUUGUGUGCUAGAAACCAAUGACGAGCAGAAGCAACUGCCUUGGUCAGCAAGUCCGCAGUUUGAUCCUCAGACGUAAUAUAAGCCAGUUCCACUUCACCUUCUGCAACAAGCUGACGAAUAUAAUGAAUGUGGACUU